GGCAGAGCAGCUGUUUUCGCGGUGCUGUUCAGACCCGUAGCGCGUCUGCUGUCGCCAGAGUACCGAUAACCUCCUAGACUCCUAGCCUGCCGGAGACAUGCGUGAGUGCAUCUCAAUCCACGUUGGCCAAGCUGGUGUGCAGAUUGGCAAUGCAUGCUGGGAACUCUACUGCUUGGAGCAUGGCAUUCAGCCUAAUGGCACCAUGCCAAGUGACAAAACAAUCGGCGGUGGAGAUGACUCAUUCAACACCUUCUUCAGUGAGACGGGUGCAGGAAAGCACGUCCCUCGUGCUGUGUUUGUGGAUCUGGAGCCAGCAGUAAUAGAUGAGGUGCGGAAUGGAACAUACAAACAACUUUUCCACCCUGAACAGCUGAUUUCUGGCAAGGAAGAUGCUGCUAAUAAUUAUGCAAGAGGUCACUAUACUGUGGGCAAAGAAAUAAUUGACCUUGUUCUGGAGCGUGUCAGGAAGCUGGCUGACCAGUGCACUGGGUUGCAAGGAUUCCUGAUUUUCCACAGCUUUGGAGGAGGCACUGGUUCGGGAUUCACUUCUCUGCUGAUGGAACGCCUCUCGGUCGACUAUGGAAAGAAAUCAAAAUUAGAAUUUGCCAUAUACCCAGCUCCCCAAGUUUCAACUGCUGUUGUUGAGCCAUAUAACUCCAUCCUGACUACCCACACCACCCUUGAACACUCUGACUGUGCCUUCAUGGUUGAUAAUGAAGCCAUCUAUGACAUUUGUCGUAGGAACCUGGACAUUGAACGCCCAACCUACACCAACCUCAACCGUCUCAUUGGUCAGAUUGUCUCCUCAAUCACUGCAUCUCUCAGAUUUGAUGGUGCCUUAAAUGUGGAUCUGACAGAGUUUCAGACAAAUCUGGUGCCUUAUCCCAGAAUCCACUUCCCUCUGGUAACAUAUUCCCCCAUUAUUUCAGCAGAAAAAGCCUACCAUGAGCAGCUCUCUGUCUCUGAGAUUACUAAUGCUUGCUUUGAGCCAUCUAAUCAAAUGGUGAAGUGUGAUCCUCGUCAUGGCAAGUACAUGGCCUGCUGCAUGUUGUAUCGUGGAGAUGUUGUCCCCAAGGAUGUCAAUGCUGCUAUUGCUGCUAUCAAAACAAAACGUACCAUUCAAUUUGUUGACUGGUGUCCUACUGGUUUUAAGGUGGGUAUUAAUUAUCAGCCCCCAACAGUAGUUCCUGGUGGUGACUUGGCCAAAGUCCAACGUGCAGUCUGUAUGCUCAGCAAUACUACAGCCAUUGCAGAAGCCUGGGCCCGUCUGGACCACAAGUUUGACUUGAUGUAUGCCAAGCGUGCUUUUGUCCAUUGGUAUGUAGGAGAAGGAAUGGAAGAAGGAGAAUUUUCUGAGGCCCGAGAGGAUCUGGCUGCACUUGAGAAGGAUUAUGAAGAAGUGGGCACAGACUCCUUGGAUGGUGAAGAUGAAGGCGAGGAGUAUUAAACUUUAUAAAAGUCUAUUGUGUGGUUGUUACCAUUUGCUGCUUUGCUUAUAAUAAAAAGUAAAUGGGGAACGCAUCUCAAAUGUAAACUGUACACUUAGCCUUCCUUGCCAAAGUGCUUGGAAUAAACUCUUAUAACCAAGAUAAUUUGCCAGUUGAUGAUGAUGCAAGUACUAAAACUUUCAGCUGGAUACAAAUAAAAUGUUCUUGCAUAUUAGUUAA